GCUCACCAUAAUCGACGCUCUCCGGCAUCUCCAAGUCCGGUUCCACCUCAUACUCCGAGUUAACCCCGAACCGCCUGUUCUCCUUGUCGAAGCGGAGCCACUUGCCUUCCUUCUUGGCAAUGCGGCACCCGAGCCACACUACCCUCUCCAUCCUUUCCUUGGUCAUCGACGGGACCUGUAGAACAUUGUUCCUCCAAUCAGCCCUUCUCUACGAAGUCGCCACAUCUCCGCGAGCGCUACUCGGCCUCAAACCGGCCUUCGGUCACACGUCGUCAUCAUGCUGGGCCAGGCUGCUCUUGAUGUCUGUUCAGGAGCAACACUUGGGUUGGCUUCGAGAACUGUUCAAAGUAUUCCCUGACGUCGUCCACGAGAUCUUUUAGGAGCCUCUCAGCUAUAGCCUUCUCACUAAUCAAGUCGCCGCAGUGCUUCUCAGCUUGUCUGUUGCAAUCGAGAUAGCAUCAUAGAGGUCGGUCAUUUCUCUUGUUGCUCCGCUGACAUGUGUGAAAAAGU